UUUUACUUCUAUCUUGCUGAGGAUCCCCAGGGAAUAUUAAAACUAUAAAACUCGGUAACCUCCGCAGCUCUUCGUGAGGAGAAUGGCGACCGAGCCCGUCACAGCCGGAGCCCAUCACAUCACAGCGCCGACCGACACCACCUCUGCCGAGCCUAGCCCGCUGUACACCGCACCAUGCCGAAAAAUAAAGGUAAGGGAGGUAAAAACAGAAGGCGUGGUAAGAACGAAAACGAGUCUGAAAAGAGAGAACUGGUAUUUAAAGAAGAUGGACAAGAAUAUGCACAAGUGAUCAAGAUGUUGGGAAAUGGUAGGCUGGAAGCCAUGUGCUUUGAUGGAGUCAAGAGGUUAUGUCACAUUAGAGGGAAACUCCGAAAAAAGGUCUGGAUCAACACAUCUGACAUUAUAUUGGUGGGCCUCCGAGAUUAUCAAGAUAACAAAGCAGAUGUAAUUCUAAAAUACAAUGCAGACGAAGCCAGGAGUCUUAAAGCAUACGGAGAACUUCCAGAGCACGCUAAAUUCAAUGAAACUGAUACAUUUGGCCCUGGAGAUGAUGAUGAGAUCCAGUUUGAUGACAUUGGUGAUGAUGAUGAAGAUAUUGAUGACAUCUAAACACGGAAGCUAAAUUCCAUACUAAUUUGCAAGAAUCGUUCUACUUUUUAUUUGAAUUUUGAGUGACGCCUUCCCACUGAGAGAAUACCUCUUCUGCCCAAUAAAGAUUUUUCACUUUUAACCUAUUUAUAUUCUUUCAGUAGAGGUUGAUAAUGCUGGAUAUUUUGGAUCAUCUGAACAUUUAUAUGAAUAAAAGUUAUUUUUGCAAUGUGGAGUUCCUGUAGGAAGCUCUGCCCUCAAUCAAAAGUAAUGCUGCUUUCCUCCUGUCUUACUGCAUUAAUUUCUACACCUACUGCACAUGACUGGCUUCAAGUAUGUAAUUGUCAUGAUUGGUUAUCAGUUGAGCAAUAUUGACAAAAGAAAUCUACUGCAUGUUCUUGAAUAAAGACAAAGUGGUUUUAUAUUUUGGUCAGUGUUUAAAAUUUAACUGCUCAUCUGCAUUUCUUGUCGUCUAUGUAAUGUGACUAAUUGUAUAACAGUCACAAUGUAUCCUGUUUUUAACAGUGCUUUGGAGUUAGAAGCAUGUUUGGGUUGUUGGAGUCGGUAAAAAUGUUCUGACAGACUAAAUGUACUGUAUAUUGCGGCGUAAAAGUCCACCCCAGAAAUGAGGUGUAAUAUAGGUCUAUGCCAAUUUUCCACUUUUGCGGCUAAGCUUGCAGACUUGUAUUCUUACGAUUUUUAGCUUGGACUUGGCAGCAAAAGCUUACAAAUAGUCCUGUUUAUUGUAAUUAUUUUACUGAUUGCUGUUAGGAUAUUAUACAAUCAUUAAAAUAGAGUUUAAACUUAAACAAACCUGUGUACAUUUACUAGUUUUAUUUUUGCAGAAUGAUGGCACAUGUGUCUCUCCAGCCAGUCAGCUGUGUUUACAUAUGAAUGAAAUUACCGCUUGCGGUAAUAUAAUUUUGCUACGUCUUGUGAAACUUGAGUAGAUGAGUAAAAACAACUAAGUGUAAUCCAUUGAGUGAUAGCAAGGACAACAGAAAUUCUAUUUCUUUAGAAAAAAGAUUUUGGAAAUGAUAAACGCAUUGGGCCAUGGCCAUAUUUUUGUAUCAGCAGUGUACCAACAACUUUAUGUUCAGUGUAUUAGUUGACAAGUCUUUGUGAGACACUUUUUUUACGCUUUAAAUGUCGAUUUAUAUGCCGGCAUUUAGGAUGUAUUGUAAUACGGUAAUUUAAUCAUUCUGUAUAUAAUAUAAGGAGUCAGAGGAUUUGUACCAACUCCCCAACCCUGGUUUUGGAUAUGUAACUUAAUUUUCAAGUGAGCCUAUUACACUGUACAGUGACUACACAGG